GAAGUCUUUUUUUCACCGACCAAGUUUAGUGAAACGACAACAAGGUCGCUAUCAGCCGGUACGCAGAAUCAGAGAGAGAGGUUUCAAACAACAUUUCUUUGAUAAAACGAACAGCUAGACUUUCAUAACCAUUGCCAAUAUGUCCAAACUACAGUUGUUGAAUGUAUUCGUCACCGAGCGUUUAUCAGCAGCUGCUGUGGAGAUAUUCGUGGUCGUGGAGAAGAUUAUAGCGGAGUAUCAGGAAGAAAUCUGCCGUUCAGCAGAGGCAAAUGAGCGUCUACGGAGGCUGUUGGACAUGGUUAGCAAACCAGAAAUAACGUUACACAGAGACUUCCAGCUACUGUCUCCUGCCGUUCCCCCUGAGCAGCAGAACUGUGAGCAGGAGUGGAGCCCCAGUCUAGAGCAGGAGGACCCAGAACCCACACAGAUUAAAGAACAACAGGAACUCAGACUCAGUCAGGAGGACUCACCUCAGCCCUCACAUCUUUACCAAAACCAAACUGUGGAUGAUGGAGAGAGGAGAGCUCCACCUAUCAUCAUAACUGAAGAGAUCAAAACAGAACCUGAUGGAGAGGACUACAGAGUAGCAGAACCAACCAGUGAUCUGCCCCUUUCAGUUCAUCCAGACUACUCUGCUGCAGUGGAGAAACUAUAUCAGUGUAAACAAUGUGGCAACAGCUUCACACGUAAGGGACACUUGACCAUCCAUUCAAGAACACACAUAGGAGUGAAAUCUUAUCUGUGCAAACAAUGUGGCAAAAGCUUCAUCCAGAAAGGCGACUUGGACAGACAUACAAGGACACACACAGGAGAUAAUCCAUACCAGUGCAAACAAUGUGGCAAAAGGUUUAGCCAGAAGGGAAGCUUGACAGUCCAUUCAAGGAUACAUACAGGGGAGAAACCAUAUCAGUGCAAAGACUGUGGCAAAGCCUUCAACCAGAAGAUAGAAUUGACAUUGCAUAUGAGAGCUCAUACAGGAGAGAGACCAUAUAUCUGUCCUGUAUGCAGGAAAGGUUACAUCGCAUUAAGCUAUUUAAGACGUCAUCAGCGUGUUCACACAGGGGAGAAACCUUACCAGUGCAAAGAAUGUUACAAAUGCUUUGGUUAUAAACAUCGCCUAACAUCACAUAUGAGCACUCAUACUAAAGGGCAUAAAUGAUAUUACUACACUGAGUGCAAUAAUAGCCUGAAAUUAAUCUGAAAUUAAAACAACAAAUGAAUACAUUGUCAUUGUGAAUUUCUUAAUACUUCCAACUUCUGAAUAAUUAUGUUCUGUUUUCUGGCAAUUGACAACAUAACAAAUUUAAUAAUGUGUGUUGAGGGGAAAUCACCAGUCAGCAUCAGAUUGGUAAACUGAAUCUAGCGCUCAGUAUCAGGGACGUACCCUCCAGGACACUGCUGGCUUCAGGAAGUCCUCACAGCUGUAUCUAGCAGAGAACACACUCCUGUUCUCCGUAUACACAAAUAACAACUGUAUGCAAAAACAGUGACCUCACAUUCAAAUACUUGUAUGCGGAUGACAUGGCUCUGGUUGCUUGCCUGGAUGGCAAAUCCAGCUCAGGUUUCUCCCAGUUAAUUGAUGACCUCGUGACAUGUUCUGACAAUAUCUUCAAUGACGUCCAUUUCACCAAGACUAAAGAACAAUGCCUUGGUGGUAAGAUGCGGAAUAAUGCAAGCGAACACACACUGACCAUGGUGUAAAGAUCCCUGAUCGAGAGUGUUCUCACCUCCACCUGGUUUGGGAAUUGGGACCCUCUCGUUCAGGGAUAGGAGUAAACUGGCAAAAGUUGUCAGUCAGGUCAGCAAAAUAGUCAGCAGCAAAACAGACCACAACUGCAAGAACUGUACACACAGAACAUUACAAGGAAAGCACUCCAGGUCUUCAACGACCACACCCGCCCACUGCAUUAUCCUUCCAAAUGCUGCCGUCUGGUUGGAGAUGAAAGGUGCCACUCGCACGGAAGAAUGGCUGGAGAAAUGCCCUCCUCAGUGACAAUUCUAAAUAAGAUGAACUGACAUGUAAAUGCUUCAUGUAAUGUGUAUGUUUUCAUCCAUUUAAUGUAAGCCAGAGCGCCAAAGACACUUUCCCAUUCUGUGCAAACUUAAUGGACCAAAACGUUUUCUAAUCUCAUCUUUCUAAACAGGAGUUCUUGUUCAAUUGUUUAACAAUGACAUACGGGACGUUUGGCCCACUAUCACAUCUGUACUGACAGGCUACAUCAAUAUUCUAACAUGCAGCUAUCACAUCUGUUUUGACGUAAUCCAGGAAACAAACUAGUUCCAGUGUAACCCCCUAGAGUCCAUUGACACAUCGGUGUGUCAAUCUAAGUAACAUAAUAAAAAAUCUGUCAGUUUAA